GGGAGAGAAGGACUGACACACUACAAAGGGGAUCAGUGCAGACAGGAAACCGCCUGGACCCAAAAAGUCAUGUAUUUCUUUUUACUGCUGGCUUUCCCUUUUCAGCUGGUAUUCUGGAUCACCACUGCAGUUCUUGCUACUUCCAUCAGAGCAGAGAAGAAAGCCCCUUCUUUCCACUAUGCACCCCCUAGGUUGUCUCCAAGCAGGAAUCGGAUGGUUUCUUCUGAUCGUUCUUCCCAUUCAGAAACUCCAUGUCACAUUGGAUGGAACUGUACCUGGGUUACAUCUGCAGAUGCUUCUGGAAAACCAGACUGGUUAUUGUCUUCGGUUCUUGCUCUGAUGUCUCAAAAAGACCAGCAGAUUAUGGAGAACAGCUCAUCCAACAGAGAUCUAGAAGGGGAUAUUCUUCUUCUAAACACUAGCAGGCUUUCAGACAGAUGCAAGUUCAGCCUCCACAGCCCUAUCCUGCCUUGGAGUUCUAGCUCCUGUUUAUUAGAGCUGGCAGUGUAUUCGCAAGUCAUCACCCUGGGAGGACUCUCUGCUGAAAUGCAGUCUGUGGACACUAACCAGAGUACAGCCAUCCAUCUCCAAGAAGGACAUGACCAGGAUGCCUGGGUGAAGUGGAAAGUGAUGAUAGGUUCAGUUGGACAAAAUGAGCGGCCCUUUGAGAUCACUUUGCUGUAUUCAAGUUGUGGAGAAAAGACUUCUGGGCUUUUGGCACUUGGCUCUUUGCAGCUCAGAAACUGCUUUCAUGACAAGGAAGGAUUGCAUGUUUCUAAACACAACAUGGGUUCUGCUGCCCCUUGCCUACCGGGGGGCUGUGUCAGUCAGCUGCAGGUCUGUGAUUUCAACACCGAUUGCCCCACUGCCAAGGAUAAUGUAUCUAUCUGUGAAAAUCUCCCAGUGGAGGCACAUUGUUCUUUUGAUGAAGGUCUUUGCGGCUGGUCUUUGGAUGGCAAUGCAGAUUUUUCAUGGUCUCUUGCUGGCUUUUCAAAGAAACAUGAAGAUUUGCUUGGAGGAUCUGCCUUACAUGCCACCAGAGGUUACUUUCUGUACCUGAAUGUAGAUAGUGGUUGCACAAGUGGCAUUGCUAAGGCAUAUAGUGCUAGUCUCCCAGCCAGACUUUCCAGUGGAAUCUACCAGGUCCAGUUCUCGGCCUACAUUUUUGGCAAUUACAAUGGAACACUCUCACUCAUGGUGCAAGAAGAGACAGAUGAAAUCAGUAGCCCGCUAAUGGUGUGGGAAAGAACGGGCAGCUGGGGUGAUCACUGGUUCCUUAUAACUCUGGAAAUGCCAAGGCUUCAGAACGGCUUUCGCCUGCAGUUCGUGGCUACAUGGGGUUGGAAUUCACAGGCCAACAUUGCUGUGGACAACGUUACAUUUGGUCUUGAUUGCUUCGCAAAUGGAAGAAGACAAAGCCACCCUGAGGAAAAGCAGUCCUACCUACUAGAAGUUGAUGUGCUGGAUGGCCAUGUUUCUAGUCCAUUAGAAGAGCCCCUUGCUUUAGUGGAAGCCCCAGUUAUACAGUGGUGGUUUUCAUCCUGUGGGGCCAGUGGCCCUCGAGGGCCAACUCAAGCACAGUGUGACAGCACCUAUCUCAACACCAAUGUUUCAGUGACUGUAGAGAAAGAGGGACCAUUGCGAGGAGUGCAAAUAUGGAAAGUGCCAGCAUCGAACCUGUACACGAUUUCAGCAUAUGGAGCAGCUGGAGGGAAAGGAGCCAAGAACCACAACAAGCGUUCCCAUGGGGUCUUUAUUUCGGCCAGCUUCCAACUGGAGAAGGAUGCACUCCUUUACAUGUUGGUGGGGCAGCAGGGAGAAGAUGCCUGCCCAGGGGGCAACUCCCAGACUACACAGAUCUGCCUGGGUGAAUCAUCAGAAAUUGAAGAAGAGUACAAGAAAGACCAGAGAUUAACCGAAUGGGCUGGAGGAGGGGGUGGUGGCGGAGGAGCAACAUACAUCUUUAGGCAGCAGAAGGAUGGAGGUUUUGAGCCGUUGCUGAUUGCAGCAGGAGGUGGAGGGAACGCUUACUUAAAAGACCUGGAUGGCUCCUUUGAUGAUGUGUUUUUGGAACAGUAUGUGAAUAGCACAGCAGUACCUGGAGUCAAUGGGAGAACUGGGGCAGCAGGUGGAGGUGGUGGUUGGGAAGAUAUCACCCAGUUUCCUUGGUCAGGGAAGUCACUUAGGGAGGGAGGAGAAGGUGGUGAGGCCUGCCAACAUGCAUUAGAGAAACUUCAGUGGACCACCUCAGGUGGUUUUGGUGGUGGAGGAGGAGCAUGUACAUCUGGUGGAGGAGGUGGAGGCUACAAAGGUGGUCAUGCCUCUGAAACAGAUGACAUCACAGCUGAUGGACAGCAUGGCAUCUCCUUUGUGAAUCCAGUUGGGGAGGUCUUCUUGAGUCCCCUAGCAGUUAUGGAGAGCCACGGUGAAGUGCUGAUUGAAGUCUAUGUGAACUGCAACCACUGCCAGUCAGGUGUCUGCAAGCAAGGUCCUGACUCCCAUCUGCCCAUCUGUAUUUGUGUAGAUGGUGCUGUGUUAGCCAGUGACAAUGUGUCUUGCACAGUCAUUCAUGGGCCCAUCCCAGCAGGACAUCUGCCUCUCCGACUUCUUUUGGCUGUGAUUGGUGUUGUAGUGGUGCUUGGAAUGGUUCUCACCUGCGGCAGCCUAUCUCUUGUUUAUCAUCGUAAGAAGCAGCAACUGGAAGGAGCGAGAGCCCGUUUGCAAAGUCCAGAAUAUAAUCUGAGCAAAAUUCGCACUUCCACCAUCAUGACAGAUUAUAACCCCAACUACAGCUUUGCAGGGAAGGCAACUACUCUCAGUGAACUUAAGGAGAUUCCACGGAAAAACAUCUCCCUGCUUCAGGCUCUUGGACAUGGAGCAUUUGGUGAAGUUUACAAAGGGACGGUGGUCGGAAUCACAGGGGAUUCCAGCCCUUUGCAAGUGGCUAUCAAGACAUUGCCAGAAGUCUGUUCUGAGCAGGAUGAGAUGGAUUUCUUAAUGGAAGCAUUGAUAAUCAGUAAGUUCAAUCACCAGAACAUUGUGCAGUGUAUUGGAGUGAGCCUCCAGACUUUGCCUCGUUUCAUUCUGUUGGAACUCAUGACUGGUGGAGAUAUGAAGACCUUCCUUCGGCAGAAUCGGCCUCGGGUGAAUCAGCCAUCCAUUUUGACAAUGCAGGACCUGCUCAAUAUAGCCAGAGACAUUGCUUGUGGUUGCAAGUAUCUUGAGGAAAAUCACUUUAUUCACAGGGAUAUAGCAGCAAGAAAUUGCCUUCUGACCUGCAGUGGACCUGGGCGUGUAGCUAAAAUUGGUGACUUUGGAAUGGCCCGUGAUAUCUACAGGGCGAGCUACUAUCGCAAAGGAGGUAGAGCCAUGCUUCCAGUCAAGUGGAUGCCUCCAGAAGCUUUUCUAGAAGGCAUCUUCACUUCCAAGACAGAUACCUGGUCCUUUGGCGUGUUGCUUUGGGAGAUCUUCUCUUUGGGCUAUAUGCCCUAUCCAUGCAAAACCAACCAGGAAGUGCUGGAGUUUGUCACCAGUGGAGGGCGGAUGGAUCCACCAAAGAACUGCCCAGGGCCUGUUUAUCGGAUCAUGACGCAGUGUUGGCAGCACAGUCCGGAGUACAGACCCAAUUUUUCUACCAUUCUGGAAAGAAUCAAGUACUGCACACAGGACCCUGAUGUGAUCAAUACUGAGCUGCCCAUUGAAUGCAGUCCGACACCUGACGAUGAUGGCAGCAUUGUGCUGCACCCCAAUAGUUCCACUGGGAUGGUUCCUUUAAUGGGAAGCCCUUCCUGUGCUUCUCAGACGAAUCUCAGAACACUGGAAGAUCAUAAUUCAGGGAACAAAUAUGGGCAGUGUCCACAAGAGAUGGUGGUGGAGAACCUUGACAGCUGGGUUGCCAAAGGACCAUCCUGCCUCCCUUGCUUCAGUGAUCCCAGCAGUGGGGCUUGGGCUCAGCCAGCUCUCAACCACAAACUGGAUUCCAGCAAUCAGCCAGCACACAAGUUGAAGAAUAAAACCAAAAACCUCUGGAAUCCAACCUACGGGUCCUGGGUCCUGGAGAAUAUUUGCCCACCCAGUCAGAGCUCCAAACUCAAUCCAACACAAGAGCGGGAAGAUUCAGGUUUUGAUGGGAACUGUAGUUCCUCCCCAAGUUCUCGGGCAUCACCUUCCUCCCCAAGCCAGAGCCAUUCUCCUCACAUUGGUAUUGGGGGGAUUGAACUGGUGAAGCUGCAGAAUUUCCCCUGUGGCAACGUCAAUUAUGCUUACGAUGAUCUCUGCUACGAAACCAGUCGACCUUCACCUUUGGCAACAGAUUCAGCCAUGCUCUUGAGGAGUGCCAGCCUGCACAGGGAUGGCAAGCUUUCCUUCAAGCCAGAGAAGACCUCAAGAGAGAGAGACUCAGGCCUCUCCUUGUCCGAUGACCUCAGUGUCACGCCUGUGUAACAGGGGAUGCUCUUCCCACAGUCAAGCCUUCACUCUGGGAGUGAGUAAGAGCAAUGAAAACAUCCUUUGUUGUUGUCUUCCUCGCUCCCUUCUCCCUUCUCUGCAUCUCCUCUUCCCAUUGUUCUAGAAACAGUUGGAUUAAUGCUGUCUUGCUGUAGCCUCUGGCACUAUGAGUGGCCCAUGAAAAACCUGCAAAUUAUCGAUGUGGCUCCACCCUAUUAAGCCUUUGUUAGUGGUUACAGGGUGUAACAAGGUCCUUGCUACAGUGGUCCACAGUCUGAAGGUCCUUGGAGGCAGCUACACCCAAUCACCUCUGCUGAAAAGUCAUCACUACUGUAAAAUAGAGUAGAUAAGAAAUGCACAAAACUAUGAACUACUCCUAGAGACCAGUGGGCUGCAAAUGUUGUACUCUGCAGAUGAUUCAUUAAUAAGGCUGAUAGGAAAUGAAACCAGCAGGCUUUCAGGACACAGUUCCUGAAAGCUGUCGUAACAAGAAGUGUAUUCGUAAUGGAAGGGAACCAAAGUUUGAGGGCACAAAAAUAUUUAUGUUCUUUAACAAGAGCAUUAAAAAUUCUGAAAACAAAACAAAUAAGAGUUUAAAGGAACAAUUGGGACUAAUAACCAUUCUUUUUGCAGUACUGAAAUCUGCUUUGCACCCCAUGAGUCUAGUUCAGUUCCCUGUUCCUCACCCUAGGUUCCAGGAGUCACCCUGAAUUGGACUUUUCUUUUUAACUCCACCCUCAUGAAUCUCCCCCCCCAAAGGCAUAUUGUCCUUCCCAUACUAGUAUUGGUGCAAAUAAGAGUUUAAAGGAAUGCAAUAAUGGUGCAAUAAUGGUGGCAGAAAAAAAGGGGGAAGCACGGUAUAGUACAGUGAUUGCCAGUCUUGACUCCCCAAAUGUUCUUGGACUAAAACUCUCAGAAGCCUUCACCACUAGCUGUGUUGGCCAGGAUUUCUGGAGUUGUAGCCCAAGAACAUCUGGGGACCCAAAGUUGAGAACUACUGAUAUCGUACAUUCAAGCAAGCUGUAGAUUUACCAGAUAUAGAGAUUUCCUGUGUCCCUACACAGAAUGAAGGAAGAGAUUAAACAAGCCCUUGGGAGCAAUGAGAGGGCCAGGCAGGGCAGGAAGGGGAGAAAAUAGCCACCCCGAAGCAGACAAAAAUGGAAAAUCCCACUCCUCGAUGUUGUGUCCUGCUGGUAUGAGCCCACCAGACAUUUGCAUGGUCCUCCUUCUGCCUUUGUAAGAUUCCUCUGUGACAGGAAACAAGGCCCAAUAAACUCAAUAGGACUAAACAUUGGUACUGUCAAUGUAUUUACGAAGGCUUUCACAGCUGGGAUCUAAUGGUUGUUGUGGGUUUUUUCGGGCUUUUUAGCUGUGUUCUGAAGGUUG